CAAAACUACCUUUCUACCGGCCGGUCAAUUCAGUCAGUUGGUAGCAAUCAAUCGAGACGGAAGCAUGGCCCCCAAGAACGAGAACCUCGCGGCGCUGGUCUACGGCCCGAACGACCUCCGGCUGGAACCGCGCCCAAUCCCGGAGCCGGCCUUCAACGAAGUCGUGGUCGAGGUCGAUUCCUGCGGCAUCUGCGGCACGGACAUCCACUUCCUCAAGGACGGAGGCUUCGGAGCUCAACGGUUGAUCAAGCCGAUCGUGCUGGGUCAUGAGUCGGCGGGGGUUGUCAGGAAGGUCGGCAGUUCGGUGACCCACCUGAAGAUCGGUGAUCGCGUCGCGAUCGAGCCUGCCGCCGGCUGUAGAACGUGCGAUCUCUGCAAGGUCGGCAAGUACAAUAUCUGCCUGGACGGGAAGCAUUGUACGACGCAGAAGCACGACGGGAAUUGCUCCAACUAUUACGCCCAGUACGCGGACUGCUGCUUCAAGAUGCCUGAUCACAUGACCAUGGAGGAGGGUGCCCUGCUGGAACCGUUGGCAGUGGGCGUGUACGCCGGAAGACGUGCCGACAUCAGGCUUGGUAACAAAGUGAUCAUCUUUGGAGCCGGACCGAUCGGAUUGGUUUGCUUGAUCGCGGCCAAGGCCAUGGGCGCCACACGGACCGUAAUUCUGGACCUAGAACACGCCAAACAUCGUCUGGAGGUGGCCAAGAAGCUGGGCGUGACCGGGGUGAUCGCGAUCGGGAAGAACGACUCCGAAGAUGAUCUUGUCCGAAAGAUCCACCAAAUCCUUGGAGGUCCGGCUGAUCGCGUCCUCGAGUGCACCGGCUCGCAGCCGGGAAUGCGCGUCUCAAUUAAAGCAACCCGCAACGCGGGUCGAAUCUGCCUGGUCGGACUCGGCAACAAGGACGUCCAGCUGCCCAUGGUGGACGCCAUUUCGCGGGAGAUCGACAUCACCACUUGUAUGCGGUACAACCACGACUACCCGGCCGCCAUGGAGAUCGUGGCCAGCGGGUACGUGGACGUGAAGCCGCUCGUCUCGCACCACUUUGAUCUGGCGAACGUGCAUGAAGCGUUCCGCGUGGCCAGCCAGGGCGAGGGCAUCAAGAUUAUGAUUCAUCUCGUGCCCCGGGACACCAACAAUCCGGUCAAGUUUUCCAACUAGGGAGUGUUUCUUUCCUGAUUUGGAUGAAGAAAUGUUAAAAAAAAGUUUGUGAAUAAAAUAAAAUUGUUUUGUGUAAAUAAAUGUUUUCUAAAGUA